GCUGAUAAAUCUAGAUAAUGCAGUCCAUUGAUGCACGUCGUUGUUGGUUGUUGGCAAGCGGCCUCUGUCUUGCCUAUAUGGUUGGCACAGUUCAAGCACAAGCAUGCAGCAAACCCAAACUCGAACCCGAACACCCCAACACGGUAUUGUCACCUGGAGACAUUGGAAAGGAAACAUUUGAAGAUGGAUCCGAGGUCACGAUUCAAUGUCACAUAGGUCAUGUACGUGAGGGAGGGUCUCCGACCAUCACAUGCACUAACGGGCAGUGGAGUACUCUGACAAUGACUUGUAAAAGAAAGAACUGUGGCAGUCCUGGAGAAAUACUGAAUGGGCAGUUUAACAUUGAUAAUGGGACCGAAUUUGGCGACAUAACUGUGGCUAAAUGCAACACAGGAUACAAACUCAUCGGCAGUGCUCGACGGCAAUGUAUGGAUGGGGGGUGGAGUGGCAGAAUACCUACAUGUGAAGUGUCAAAAUGUGGUCCAGCACCUCAAGUUGUGAAUGGUAAACCAUCGUCGAAUGAGGAGUCGUAUGACUAUGAUGCUGUUAUUCGUUACAACUGUAACCCUGGAUUCACACUUAAAGGAAGUAAAAGCAUACUUUGCAAAGGGGAUGAAGUAUUCGAACCAGCUCCGCCUCAAUGUAUAAAGGUGGAGUGUCCUGCACCUGACGUUCAAAAUGCCAUUGUGAUUGAUGGAGCUUCCGCUCCCUACGGAUACAAAUCCUUUCUUACUUAUAGGUGCAAAGCUGGAUUUGUGAUGCAUGGAGCAGACAGUAUAACAUGUGAAAUAGAAAGUGAAUGGAACCCUCCUAUUCCAGAAUGCAGAGACACUGGAGUCAUUGUCGGGGCAGUUAUUGGCACACUUGUACAAAGCACUGCAGCCCUCCUAUUGAUUCACUAUAGCCUCCUGUGAGCUUCAGGGAGAGAGGUGGCUCCUUCUGCAUCAGAUCUUGAAUGUGUCCCGUCCCCUGGCAGCGACCUCCUCCAUGGCUUUGAGACAACAAAUCAGAACCCACCACAGCCAGAUUGAAUAGUUUGGCUCAUGACCAUGUCAUUUGCACAAAAUCUGUAUGAUGUUAUGGUUUCAACAAAUCUACCAUCGUUCGAUACACAUAUCCAUCUCUCACCAGUCAAAAGUUAGUUGAUAGAAACAACCAUUUCAGUAAACCAUAAAAGUGACGUGGAUGCAAAUGAGGUAACAUUGUCACCUUUUUGGCCUGUAUAAGUUCUUAUCCACCCACUAAUGACACAUCAUAGGUGGACUGAAGGAAAAACUUAUGGGGGGGGGGGGGAAAUAUUGUGAUUAUUUUUAAGUUGACACAGUAGCCAUCUGUAUGUAAUGUUUCUCAUGAAUCAUUUUUCUCCUAGCUCCCAUAUAAAUAUAACAAUUUAUUUCACGCUUCCAGGCUACUCUUGUACCGUUAGCUGUCUGACAUACAACUCGUAUUUGUGCCUGUUGUAAAGUAAGUGAAGGAAAUUAUAUCUCUUACAAUUUUAACACAACUAGUUGUGCAGUGUCAUCUUGUCUGCAAGAUGCAUAUAAUGCAGGGGUCCCCAAACUUUUUUAUGCGAGGGCCAGAUACUUUUUUCUUUCUUUAAUUAUAAUCAAAUCAUAAUUACCUUUUUUCAUAUUCAUUUCUAUUGAAACCAAAACAUUUACUUACUUAUGUAUAUUAAUUAAUUCAUCAGUGUAAACUUUUUUAAAUUUUAUAUAUAUAUAUAUAUAUUUUUUUUUUUUGUUUUUAAGCCGGUGAGUGCUUAUGUUUUUGUGAUGCAGAAAGCAAAAAAAAAAAACUUUAACAUAAAGGCCACCCGCUAUCCACAAGCAUAAUAUCCUCCUUUUCCAAUAGUCUUGUCAAAACGGAAGUUUUAAAGCUGAAAGUGUUGCAGUGGUUCCUUGUUGGCGCAACAGCCUGCACCUUGCAUUGUGAGACCUGAUAUGUUCUAUUAAGUGUCCUGCAAGAAUGCUGGAGUUGGGUGUUCUGGGUCCUUAAAUAUGCCUUAUCCAUCAAAGUGCAAACUGUGUAUAGUUGUACCAUUUCAUUUUGUACUUGAGACAUUGUGUCCCAGUGGUAAUGUAUCUUUGUGUUAUUAAAUUGAAAGGCCAUUCUUUCCUGCUCUGAUGAAUAGAUUUGUGAAAUGUAGUUGACUUUGUGUUAGCAAAACCAGUAUUGUGUGGAAUGUGCAGGGAGGGGGGGGGGGAAGGGGUGUGUGUGGUGAUGAUGAAGCUGUAGUUGGAUCGCCUUAUUUCAACUGAGAAAAGAGAGAGGCAGGGGUGCAUGGAGAGGGUUAGAGUGAGGCACAAUAAAUGUUACACACAAAACGUAGCAUUCAUAAAUAAAAUUACACUGUUGCAGAAAGGUAUUCCAUCAGUGUGAUAGGGGAGAAACUAUACUAUAAAAUACAAUUGUUUGUCUGAUAUCCGUUUGGUGUGGUUGGAGCUCUCUAUAUAACGUCUAAUGUGAGACUGUAGCUAGUACUGUGAGCUGCUAGCUAGCUUGCAGGAACUUUCAUGUCUGAACUAAAUAAAGCCUCACCCCCGGGCUAUCUGUGACUGGGUCCUAGA